UCAGGAGGAAACUUCAGAUUGUGAUAGAACAGACAGUCAUAAAGAAACAGAUAGUAUAAGAGUUAUAUACUGGUUGUAAUAGACAACAGAGACUGUUAACUAGCCCUUAGUACAAGGUUUGGUCUGUCAAAAUCUCUUCUCUAACAGACGACUUCAAGCUCUCAGACAGACGGAGUUCUACCCUCUGAGGAUGAAGAGUGUGGUGCUAUUGCUGCUGGCUUUCUUCAGCUCCAGAGCGCAAGGAGAACGGAUAGAGAAGAUUGAGCAAUGUGAAGCCCGCUGCUCUCAGGGAUUGCCUUGUGCAGCCAACUACCAAUUGUCAUUUGAGAGGUGCAAGAACUUGUCAGGUGGGGUUAGCACGGAUGUCUUCAGCAACACCAGCAUUUCCACAGUGAUGAAGUGCGAAGAGAGACAGAAGUGUUCUCUUCAUCUCAGAGUCAGCACUGGUCUUCAGAUGAGCAAGCACAUCCGUGGCAUCUACAUAUGCAUAUUUACUGCAGGGAUGAUGGAACGCUGCAGAGCCGUGAGCAUCUUGCGUUCAGCAAGAGGGAAAUUGGUGAAUCAGCAGGUGAAUUUUCAGGAUGACUGCCUGGAAGUGCAUUCAGGACAGGAUGUCCAUGUAACUAUUAAAACCUGGCCGCACAUCUGUGAUGUGGCUAUUUCCAGAUCAUAUCGUGUUCCAGACUGCAGCAACAAGGAUAUACAAAGAAGUGUCCCUGAAUGCAUCACGGGGAAGAUUCAGUAUGACGUGGACACUGAGAAGAAGGAGCUUUCUGUGAGUGUUUCUGAUAUGCUGGAGGAUAAAGACUACCAGCUGAGGCUCUGCCACAAGGGCUUCAUCUGCACAGGCACUGGAGUUCAAGCAGUGCUGAAAAAGGAGAAUCCUGUGAAGAAAGUCACCCUCAAGUAUUCCCGACCUGUGCCUUGCUUAUGCAUUGAGGGCUGGUCUAUCAUGACUGACGCAUCUCGGGUUCAAGUCUGCCCUUUCAAAAACCGUGUUGAGGAGCUGUGGUCUGGGAUCACCUUUGACCCUGUUGAGGAGACACUAUCGUGGGAAGCAGCAUGCCGUGUUAAUGCUGUCAUUAGUUUGUGUGAGCUGCAAGGUGGAGACAUGUGCCAAGACUUUGCCAAUUCAUCUCACACGUACAUGAAAGGAAAAGUGACGUACUCAGCGGUGGAUCCUCAUCCCCGGCUUUGCAUGAAGUUCAUCACAGAGGACGGAGUGUGGGUUAAGUGCCCAUUUUCAGAAGGGAACUUCCCAGCUUGGGAUCUAAAAGUGAGCACACAAGAGGGUCACUCAGAGCUGCUUGUGACAUCACAGGUCAAAACCAGCCUCUCUCUGAGCAAGUGUACCAAAACUGGUGAGGUCACACACACCGCCUUAGUUGAAGUGGAGAAAUUUCAGACCACACAGCUUGAUUUGGCCACAGAUCUCUGCAAAUCAAGUAACUGCAUCAAGGCAAAGCGGACAGAUGUGAAAUACGGAGUGACUACUCUCUACUGCCAGCCCCCAUGCUCGUUCUCAGCCUCCACGUCCACAAGCAGUGAGAGUGAAUGGCAGCUAACGCAUGUAGUGGUGCCAGUGGUGGCACUGACCACAGCUUUUUUCGUGGUUGUUAUAGUGACGGGCAUUGCAAUAAUAGUAUACCGGAUUAAAAGGAUAAUGAAGGCUCGGAGUAUUGGUCGCUUGCCAAGACCUCACACAGGCUCUUUUUCUUCCAUGUCUGAAGCUUUGAACUCCAAAACUCAACUCGCGUGCAAAUCUGUCCUUUUUGACAUAUGCAGCUCAGGAACAUCUCAGUUUAAACAAUGUGUGAAGUCCAAUCUGCUGAAUGACUCUACAAACCUAUUAGUGUAACUCUGAGAUGGGAUAUGUCGUGUAUGUAUUUUGCUUUGUUUGUCUUUGGAGUUUGUAUUUAUAUAUGGUAGACCCACUGAAAAUAAUAAUGCACUGAAUUUAUUAGAUUCUGAUAAGUUUGUCAUUUCCACAUGAAUGAAAUAUAUUAUACCAACAAGAGUAAGUAAACUGAAAAUAAAAACAAACAAAAAAACAAGAUUGUUUUAAUGUUACACUUGUAUGCAAAAGUUUUACCACCCCUGGUUAUUCCACAUUUGAUCAAUUUCUAAGUGAAAAUAAGAAUAUGCCCUCUACGGGGAACCCUGGUUAAAAUAUGCUAAAGGGUAACUAUAGUUGAUUAAAAUCAUGACUUGACGGCCUACAUGCAAGACCGGAUGUCAAAAAACAUGAAAAAGAAUGAAACACAAAACGUUUGCACAGGCCACAUUUUAUGAUAUAGUCUCCCCCCACUAUAUAAAAUCGACAGUAAUUGUUCAUUCAAAGGUGUAGAAGUGUGUUCUCAGUGUAGAGUGUGUUCACUUAUUUUCUUGUAGAAAAUCAACAAAACAUGUCACUUGACCAGAGACACCCUAAAGUGUUUAUUGUAUGACUUUAUAUAUUUUAUUCAUGUGGAAACAAUACAUUACAUUUUUCAGGGUAUACUUCAUAAACGUCUUUUAUUGUUCUGUCAGCUACCAUGCAUUGAAAGACAUACAUUUCUGUUUUCAAUGUUGUAGUAUGGAAUGCAUUUAUUUAUGAAGCAUCUUUAUGUCUGUCUGAAUUUUAUCAUCUUGCAUUUUUAUACCUGUUAACUUUUGUCAGUGUCUUUAUGUGAAUGUGCUAUAGGUCAUUUGUAAAUAUGCAGCACCACUGCCGUUUUGUAUGAGAACAUUCUGAAUAAAGACUUAAUGCCUGCUCA